AUGACAUCAGUCGUCUUGGCUCCAGGCAUCGGUCGGCUGCAGUCAACGCUACAGUUUAAAAACAAUAGUGGCAGCUGCAGCACAGGCCACACGGUUGCGAAAGAGGAUGAGUCUGCACAGGUCAUCAGUCGAGACGAGACAGUUGCUGCUGGAGAGAACGCCAACCUGCUUUGCCAGCUGACCGGCUCCUCUGAGUCUGAACUCCUGUCUAGCAUUACCUGGCAGAGAAAAACUGUGAAAGACACCAAAAAGCAAAUAUUUGCAAGCAUCAGCCCAGAUGGCAAGAUUACCAUUUUCAAUGGUUAUUUGCUAUUUGAACGUGUAAUUUUUAUUGGAAACACCACAGAAUGUAAUGGCUCAAUUCAGAUUAGGAGAGUUGGCGUGAUGGAUGAAGGAGCCUACACUUGCAUCUUCACUAUGUAUCCAGAUGGCACAUAUGAAAAAACAAUCAACCUUAUGGUAACAGAGCAUCCCCUGGUGACAGUGUUUGUUGAAGUGACUCCUGUAGUUGGAGAGUCUGAGGAAGUCAUGGCAAGCUGUACUGCUGCCGGUGCCCGACCUCCAGCAAACAUCUCUUGGCAUCUGGGUUCUUUUAGUGACUCAAUGAAAAUAGUGACAAACUCUACAGUCCAUUCUAAUGGAACCUACACAAACACUAGUCAUCUUAUUGGUGUUCCCUCCAGACAUGCCAAUCAACAGCAGGUCCAGUGUGUGGUCAGUCACAUAACAGGGGAUCAGACAGUCAACUACACUAUACACAUCCACUAUCCCCCUGAAUCAGUGAAGAUAAUUCCUGUCGAACAUACCACACAAGGUCGAGAGUUUCGUUGUGAUGUAGAAGCCAAUCCAAAACCAAGUUUCACCUGGAUCAGGGAAAAUCACGGUCCUCCUGCAGGCGCACAGGAAGACAGACUGACUCUUCCUAGCCUGAACCCAGAUCUGAAUGGUCUGUAUAUCUGUAAGGCCUCAAACCAGCAUGGAGAAGCAUCAGGUUCAGUCUAUGUAUAUGUGAAGACCCCCAAAACUGCAGUCAUCUGUCUUGUACUCUUCAGCCUCAUUAUACUCAUUGGUUUAAUGUGUUGGUGUUGGAUAAUGUCUAAAAAGUAG